CAUGUACAACGAGUACAAAGUCUCCUGCCCCAGGAUUACCCUGCAAGGCUUGCAUUUUGUCAAACGAUGUUGCAAAAGUAUAGGGAAGAUCCGCAAUUUUUAAACAAAAUUCUAUGGUCCGAUGAAUCUACCCUAAAAAGAGACGGAUACAUGAAUCUGCAUAAUCUGCACGAGUGGCAUUUGGAAAAUCCACACUUAAUGCGAGAAGAUCGAUCUCAGUAUCGCUUUAAAAUAAAUAUGUGGACCGGCAUUUUAAAUGGAAAAAUUAUUGGGCCAUUCGAGUUACCAGAAAAUUUGACCGGCGAGGUUUAUCUGGAUUUUAUAGAAAACCAUUUACCAAAUUUACUGGAAGACGUCUCACUUGACAUUUACCGAAGCAUUUGGUUUCAACAAGAUGGCUGCCCAGCACAUUAUACUCGAGGUAGAUGGAUAGGACGGUCUGGUCCAAUUUCGUGGCCAGCCCGUUCACCGGACUUAAAUCCAGUCGACUUCUUUUACUGGGGAACGUUAAAAGAAAAAGUAUAUUCUAAACCACGUCAAAGUUUAAACGAAUUACGAGAAAAAAUUGCGGCAGCUGUUGAAGAGAUCAACUCGAAAAGGUACGCUCGUCUUGUAAACCGCUCUUUUUUAAGAAGAUGUAGGGCUUGCAUUUCGGCCGAAGGCAAACAAUUCGAACAUUUGUUAUGAAUAAAUAAACUUUGAUUCCAA